AUUUCGAAUUAUUUCUUCUUUUCCCCCAGAAAAGAAAUGGGAAAUAGACGUUGCUUCUCAUCUUUCCUUAGCUUCUCUUUUCUGUGAAACCAUUGACACCAACCUCCCAACUUCCACUCUUCACCAACCUCCCUUCCAUCAUCCCUCCCCAUUACAAAGAUGCCGACAAUGUCUUCCAUUGGACACCACCAACAAACCCUAGCUGGGGUUUCUGAGGAGAUCAAGAGCAAGAUUCAGAAGAAGGGAAGGGAGACCCUAGCUGGGGUUUCUGAGGGAAAUUUCAACCAAGAUGAUGGAGUCCGGGGUCCCUCUCUGCAACUCCUGUGGUGAAUCUGUUGGGCAUGCUUCUAAUGGAGAGGUUUUUGUCGCCUGUCAGGAAUGCAAUUUCUCUAUUUGCCGGUCUUGUUUUGAUUAUGAGCUCAGAGAGGGAAAGAAAGCUUGCUUGAGAUGCGGAAACCCAUACGACGAGAACUUGGCACUGGAUGAUGUUGGAAAGGAAUUACCAGUCAGUCGUUCAACUAUGGCAGAUCAUCUCGAUAAUCAUCAGGAUACUGGAAUCCAUGCCAGAACUGUGAGUAAUCUCUCUGCAGUGGAAAGUGAAUCAAAUGGUGAACCUGGGAACCCUAUAUGGAAGAACAGAGUGGAAAGUUGGAAGGAGAAAAAGAAUAAAAAGAAAAAGGCUGCAAGUAAGGCUACUGAGGAAGUUCAAAUUCCAACUGAACAGCAGAUGGAAGAGAAACAGUCUCCAGAAUCUAUACAAACUUUUUCAAAAACAAUUCCAAUUCCUCCCAACAAAAUCACUCCAUACAGAAUUGUGAUCAUUAUGAGACUGAUAAUUCUGGGACUUUUCUUCCACUACAGGGUAACAAACCCUGUUGAUAGCGCUUAUGGCCUAUGGCUUACCUCUGUCAUAUGUGAGAUCUGGUUUGCUGUCUCCUGGGUUUUGGAUCAGUUCCCUAAAUGGUCUCCUGUUAAUCGGGUGACAUACCUUGACAAACUAUCCUCCAGGUAUGAAAGAGAGGGAGAGCCCUCCGAACUUGCUGCUGUGGACUUCUUUGUAAGUACAGUGGAUCCAUUAAAAGAACCACCAUUGAUCACAGCCAAUACUGUGCUUUCAAUUCUUGCUGUGGACUAUCCUGUUGAUAAAGUAUCCUGCUACGUGUCUGAUGAUGGGUCUGCUAUGCUUACAUUUGAGGCUCUUGCUGAAACGGCUGAGUUUGCAAGAAAAUGGGUCCCUUUCUGCAAAAAAUUCUCAAUUGAACCACGUGCACCUGAGUUCUAUUUCUCGCAGAAGAUUGAUUACUUGAAGGAUAAAGUACAACCUUCCUUUGUGAAGGAGCGAAGAGCAAUGAAAAGAGAUUAUGAAGAGUACAAAGUGAGGAUAAAUGCUUUAGUAGCAAAGGCUCAAAAAACACCAGAUGAGGGCUGGACAAUGCAAGAUGGGACAUCUUGGCCAGGAAACAACCCUCGUGAUCAUCCUGGCAUGAUUCAGGUUUUUCUUGGACAUACUGGUGCCCAUGACAUAGAGGGAAAUGAGCUUCCCCGACUGGUUUAUGUAUCAAGAGAGAAGAGACCUGGUUACCAACAUCACAAGAAGGCUGGUGCAAUGAAUGCUUUGGUCAGAGUGUCUGCGGUUCUUACCAAUGCUCCCUAUAUUCUCAAUCUUGAUUGUGAUCACUAUGUUAACAAUAGCAAGGCUGUUCGUGAAGCAAUGUGUUUCAUGAUGGAUCCACAAGUUGGUAGAGAUGUCUGCUAUAUCCAGUUUCCUCAGAGAUUUGAUGGUAUUGAUAGAAGUGACAGAUAUGCCAACCGGAACAUAGUCUUCUUUGAUGUUAACAUGAAAGGAUUGGAUGGCAUUCAAGGACCAGUUUAUGUGGGGACAGGUUGUGUUUUCUAUAGGCAAGCGCUCUAUGGCUAUGGACCUCCAUCCUUGCCUAGCCUACCAAAGGCUUCUUCAUCUUGCUCAUGGGGCUGCUGCUGUUGCUGCUGCCGUUCAAAAAAGCCUUCUAAAGAUAUCUCAGAGGUGUACCGAGAUUCAAAACAGGAUGAUCUUAAUGCUGCUAUUUUUAACCUUAGAGAGAUUGACAAUUAUGAUGAGUAUGACAGGUCAAUGCUAAUUUCCCAGAUGAGCUUUGAAAAGACCUUUGGCUUGUCUUCUGUAUUCAUUGAAUCUACACUGAUGGAAAAUGGAGGAGUGGCAGAGUCUGCAAACCCAUCGACGUUGAUAAAGGAAGCAAUUCAUGUCAUUAGUUGUGGAUAUGAAGAAAAAACUGAAUGGGGAAAAGAGAUUGGUUGGAUAUAUGGUUCUGUGACGGAGGAUAUUUUAACGGGGUUCAAGAUGCACUGCCGAGGAUGGAGAUCAAUUUACUGCAUGCCCUUGAGGCCAGCAUUCAAAGGUUCUGCACCUAUCAACUUAUCUGAUCGGCUGCACCAAGUACUCCGGUGGGCCCUUGGAUCUGUGGAAAUAUUCCUCAGUAGACACUGUCCCCUCUGGUAUGGAUUUGCUGGAGGUCGCCUCAAAUGGCUGCAAAGAUUGGCAUACAUAAACACCAUUGUCUACCCUUUCACCUCUCUCCCUCUCAUAGCAUAUUGCUCUCUACCUGCCAUAUGCCUUCUGACUGGAAAAUUUAUAAUACCAACGCUUUCGAACCUUGCAAGCAUCUGGUUUCUUGGCCUCUUCAUCUCCAUCAUUGUGACUAGUGUGCUUGAGCUGCGUUGGAGUGGUGUUGGCAUUGAGGACUGGUGGCGAAAUGAACAGUUCUGGGUGAUUGGAGGCGUUUCAGCUCAUCUCUUUGCUGUCUUCCAAGGAUUCCUAAAGAUGCUGGCUGGCCUUGACACAAACUUUACUGUGACAGCAAAAGCUGCCGAUGACACACAGUUUGGUGAACUCUAUAUUUUCAAGUGGACGACAUUGUUGAUUCCUCCAACUACUCUUCUUGUGGUCAACAUGGUAGGUGUUGUUGCUGGAUUUUCUGAUGCACUGAACAAUGGAUAUGAAGCAUGGGGCCCUCUGUUUGGCAAGGUCUUCUUUGCUUUCUGGGUUAUUCUUCAUCUUUACCCAUUCCUCAAGGGUCUUAUGGGUCGGCAAAACAGGACCCCUACCAUUGUGGUCCUCUGGUCGGUGUUGUUGGCCUCUGUUUUUUCACUUCUUUGGGUGAAGGUGGAUCCAUUCUUGAGCAAUUCAAAUAGUUCCAGUGUUGCCCAGAGCUGCAUUUCUAUUGAUUGUUGAAAUCAGUUACCACCGGAAAUUUAUCUAUAUUUUGGUAAGCAGAUGAUUUGGAACCCACUUAUGAUUCUCUUAUCAAUCUGAGACUUGUAAUUAUGUCUCGAGGCAAGCAGUCACUCUUCAACUGCACACCAUGACAGGUCUCCAGUUUGUCUUUACUAUUUUACCACAUAUUAUUAGGUGGUGUUGUUUAAUAGUCAAAACAUCAGUAUGUAACAUUUUUAAAGUUUUGAUUUUAUUUUUAUCUGCAAAUGAAUGAGAGAUAAUUUUGACAACCAUAUUCAGUGGUAAUGAUCUUCCAUCUUCA